AUGAGUGGAUCAAAAUCAACCGUAAACGCUGCUGCAUCAUCCAACAAGAUCAAAAUGACUGAAUCAAAAUCAACCCUGAACGUUGCUGCAUCACCUAACACGAUCAAAAUGACUGAAUCAAAAUUAAAUCAAAAUGCUGCAGCAUCAUCAAAUAUUCGCCAACCACGACAACGUAUGGCACAAAGUUACCUUCUCAUCUGGGUAGAUGCCAGCAUCGACCAAGCAGACAAAGACUGUCAGAAUACAUUGGCUCAAUUGAAGAGCGUGGUCAACGAUGUCAACUUAUGCACGGAAUCGGAUCAAUGCAUCCAAACACUCAACAAUGUUGACAAGGAACAAGCCUUCGUCAUAACAUCAGGCUCAUUAGGUCAACAUUUGGUUCCUAGAAUUCAUGGCAUACCACAGUUAGAUGCAAUUUACAUAUUUUGUGGCAACAAAUCCAGACACGAGAAAUGGACACAAAACUGGACAAAAAUUAAAGGUGUCCAUACAAAUAUCACAGAUAUUUGUCAAGCAUUACAAGUGGCGGUUAAACAAUGUGACCAAGACACCAUUGCUGUAAGUUUUCUCGCGGUAAAUAAUACGGUUUCAACUGAUAAUUUAAAUCAGUUGGAACCCACUUUUAUGUAUACCCAACUAUUCAAGGAGAUCCUCCUUGAUAUCCAAUACGGCGCCAAGGCAAUCAAGGAUUUAGCAGUUUGUUGUCGCGAAGUUUUCGCGGGUAAUUCAACUGAAUUAAAAGUUAUUAAUGAAUUUGAACAUGAUUAUCGUCCAAAACGAGCAAUAUGGUGGUAUACACGUGAGUGUUUUACCUACAAAAUGCUCAAUCAAGCACUUCGAAUUAUGAAUGCCGAUAUAAUCAUUAACAUGGGCUUCUUCCUACGUGAUGUACAUCAACAAAUUCAACAGCUGUACGAACAACAAGUCACUAGUUAUGGAAGAAAACCUUUUGAAGUUUAUCGAGGACAAGGUCUUAUGAGAUCAGACUUUGAAAAACUUCAGAAAGCAAAAGGUGGACUUAUGUCAUUUAACAAUUUCUUAUCUACAAGUAAAAAUGAUCAAGUGUCUCUCCGUUUUGCUCGAGAUGCUGCAGCAGAAGUAAAUAAGGUGGGAAUUCUCUUCAUAAUGUCCAUCGAUCCUUGUUUGAAAUCAACACCAUUUGCCUGUAUUACUGAACUUAGUUAUUUCGAGGCACAAGAAGAAGAAAUUCUCUUCUCAAUGCACACUGUCUUUCGGGUGAGUGCAAUUAAACAAAUGGACAAGAAGAAUCAACUUUAUCAAGUUGAAUUACAAUUAACGUCGGAUGAUGAUCAGCAACUACGAUCACUCACUGAUCGGAUACGAGAAGAAGCUAGUGGUGCCAGUGGAUGGGAGAGGUUAGGUAGAUUACUGCUUAAAAGCGGUCAGUUUAAUAAAGCCGAAGAGCUUUAUAAUGUACUACUCGAACAGACAUCUGACGAGGGUGAAAAAGCGUUUUAUUAUAAUCAGCUGGGACUUGUACAUUCGAAUCAAGGUGAUUAUGAAAAGGCUAUUUGGUAUUACGAACAAAGACUUGAAAUUCAAAAAAAAACUCUUCCUUCAAAUCAUCCUGAAUUGGCUACUUCAUACAACAACAUCGGUGGUGUGUAUGACAACAUGGGAGAGUACUCAAAAGCACUUUCAUACUACGAAAAAGACCUUGGAAUCUGUCAAAAGACUCUUCCUUCAAAUCAUCCUGAUUUGGCUACUUCAUACAAUAACAUCGGUUCGGUUUAUAACAAAAUGGGAGAGUAUUCGAAAGCACUUUCAUAUUACGGAAAAGCACUUGAAAUUUGGCAAAAAACUCUUCCUUCAAAUCAUCCUCAUUUAGCUUCUUCAUACAACAACAUCGGUUUGGUGUAUAAAAAGAUGGGAGAGUACUCGAAAGCACUUCCAUAUUACGAAAAAGCACUUGAGAUUCGGCAAAAAACUCUUCCUUCAAAUCAUCCUUCAUUGGCUACUUCAUACAACAACAUCGGUUUUGUAUAUGAAAAUAUGAAAGAAUAUUCGAAAGCACUCUCAUAUUUUGAACGUGCUCUGGACAUAUGGCAACGUGCAUUACCUCCAACUCAUCCUAGCAUUAAAAAUGUGAAAGAGAGUAUUGAAAUUGUAAAACAAGAAAUGAAAAAGAAUAGUGGAUAA